CAGAUGAACGUUGCUCUGAUCCAUGAUAAGUUGUUCAUAAAGACCUUCUGGGAGAAGAAGAUUGAGGGUCAUGCUCAUCAGACUGAGAAUGAAGAACAGAGGAUGGAGAAGAGCUCCCUCGGAAAGCUGAGAGAGGAGUGGCAGGUGCGUCUGGACAACAGAACCAAACACCUGAAGAACAUCAACGAUGACUUCAUCAGGAAGGUCAAGGCACCCAUAUCAGAUGACUAG